CAAAGAAAUGCCUAUCUGAAGAUGGUGAAAUCAACGUUACUGAAUAGUUUUCGAUACAAAGUUGAGUGAAUUUUUAAAACCCGAAAAACGAUCAUCAUCAAAGUGCUGAGUUUAAUGAAAGCGCCCAACCGAAACUGAUGAUGGACUUCAAGGCCUCAACGACGGCCACCAUCGCCACCAUCGACAAGGGCAGCGAUCGGACGUUUGCAUCGGCCUUCUUCCACCCGCCAGCAUCGCCGGCCCAUGUCGGGUGCUGCAUGCUGAACAGAGCCCCGGUUCGGCCACCGUCCGAGAUCUACUUCGAGAGCCGGGGCAAGUGCUGCAAAAAGUUGCUACGAUACAACGGUUACCCCAACAAAGUGCUACUGUAUCCGGAGGAAGGAUGGGCUCGAAGUGCGGCCUCGAGCUACUGGACGAUAGCUCCGUGCCGGUGGCGAAGGAAUCGUUGCAUCGUGGAAGAGGUGGCCGGAUCCAGAAAACAAACGACGCAGGGCCGCAUGAUCGUUGUUGGUGACGGAGCGCUCCUAAUCGUGGGCACCUUCAAGCGCCGUACGCCGGACCCCGACUUUAAGCUGUAUCUGUCGUCCAACAUCAGUCUGGCGGACUACAACAUGGGCUACUGUCUGACCGGCACGCUGGAGCGGGGCUGCCAGCGGACGAACCAGUUCCAAACGACCCACUUUGCCGUCAUCCGGCGCUGCUGGCCCUCGAACGACCACGAGCACGGUGGUGCUGGCGGCGGCGGCGGCGGCGUUGGCUUCGGUGUGGGUGGUGGGGGUGCAAACAAAAAUAACAACAAAACACAACACACCUACAUCGAUUUCCUUUUCAACCGAUGA